UCCUCAGCACACACGUGCAGCUGCCGAGGAAUUUUGUUUUAGUUGUUUUUACUGGCUUAAAAUAAUUUGUUAUUAAUUAAUAAAAUGACAAACUUGGUGAAGAAAGAACCCCAAGAAGGGGGUAAGCAUCAACUGCACAACGUGCGCUUCUACACAAUAAAACCGCGUGGUAUCACCAGUUUGGCGUAUAGCAAGCAGAGCAAGUGCCUCGCGUUGAGUCGGGAAACUCCCAUCAUAGAGCUAUGGAAUAUGGAGUACACACCCUAUCUGGAUCGCACCAUUCACCUGUCGUCCGAUGUUGCGGUUGAAGCCCUAGCUUGGGCCGGGAAUCGCUUGUUUUCCGUUAAUCUCUCGGGCCAAUUGAUUGAAUGGGACUUGGUAAACCUAAAACCACGCUACGAGCACUCACCCACUGGCAAUUCACUCUGGUGUCUCGACAUAAAUGCCGCGGAAACGGAACUUGCCGUGGGCUCCGAGGAAGGUCACAUCAACAUCCUGAGCAUCGAGAAUGACGAGCUCACAUACAAGUCGCUGUUCAACAAGCAGAAGGGUAGAGUCAUCUGCCUAAAGUAUGAUAAAUCGGGAAAGAAGAUGGUAACCGGCACUGAGGGAUGUGUUCGUAUUUGGAACGUUCUCAAGGGAAAUAUUCUGCACACAAUGACUCUGUCGGCCAAGGAUGUGACUGUAUGGUCCCUGCUAUUUCUAUCGGAUAAUACCAUCGUUGCCGGCGACUCGGCAGGACUUGUGACCGUAUGGAAUGCAGAUAAUGCCACGCAGAUCCAUUGCAGCCGAGUGUUGGACAAAAACGUAUGCGCCUUGGCCGUAAACGAGAAGGAGGAUCGCCUGGUUUGCAGCGGAAUGCAGCCGCCUCUGAUCCGCAUUUUCAGCAAAACCCAGAUCAAGCGGGAGGAGUCCACCAGUGAACGGUGGGUCAAGUUUCUGCAACGCGACGCUCACAAACACUAUGUGAAGUCCCUGGUGGUCAUCAAUGGCCGGAUUGUUUCUGGCGGCCAGGAUGGUAUUUUAACCAUUACCUCCAGCGAGCGAAUGCAGGCACAUUUCUCGCAGCAUGCUCCCUUCCUCAAAGGUUCUGUAGCAUCAGUGGCGGUCAGUGAAAAACUUUUGCUCCUGCGUUACCCCAACAGCCUGCACCUGUGGCGCUUGGGUUCCGUGGUUCCUACUUCCAAGGAAAAGAAGAAGAUGCAUUGGAAGCCGCCAGUGGGCCACACAGAAGAUCUGCUUCUGGAAAAUCCUCCCCAGAAACUACUUGAACUGAACGUAAAGGAGAAAAACUUUAUUCAGGCCAGUGCUAUUUCACCGGAUGCUCAAUUGAUCUGUUACUCCACUUUAAAGGAAGUCCGCCUAAGUCGUUUCACAAUCGAUCCCCUAUCGGUAGAGCGUGUAUUAGAUAGUUUUCCAGCGGAACUCAAGCCAGCCAGCCACAUAGUCUUCACCAAACAGGAAAAACUGGCGUUGCUCCAUCCCCACAACAACCAUCUGAGUUGGUUUACCGUGAAAGAGGAUAGCAUCAUCUUCCAGAAUAGCAUAGACCUUAGUGAACAUUGUAAGGGCGUCAUCAGCCACCUGGUAGUUUCCUCGCAGGGCGACUAUCUGGUUGCAGGGACCUCAGAUCACAUUGUUGCCGUUUGGAAACUCCAAGGGAAUCAAUACAAACACUUACUGAACUUGCCAAGGCAUCGAGCCGCAACAACUGCUGUAUCGAUGCACGAAGAUCAUCCACAGGUUGUGGUGGCCUACGCCAAUGGGCGACUGGUGGAAUACGAUCUGGUCAAGCGAAGCUUCACCUGCGAAACGGAUGAGUACCUGAUACCGGACACAAAACACCACUGCAUAACUGGGAUCAUUUUGGAUCCCAGGAAUCCCAAUAUCUUCCUUGUAAACACCGAAGAAAACUUGUAUGUCCUGGAGAGGAACCAGCAAACAGAACAGGAGGACUAUGUAGUCAGCAACAAGACCAAGAAGCUAGCAAAGGAUAAACGAUCUUCGGUUUCUACGAGCUCAAAGAGCUUGAUUGUGAAGAUGGAAUUGCCACGACAGCACCUGGUGCACGUGUCCCGGCUGAGCUCUAACGAACUUGUCAACGUCAGCAUUUCGACAAACAAUCUGUUGGCUCCGCUGCCGCCGCCGUUCCAACGGAAGAAGUUCGGUGCCUCGUAAACAGGUUGAGGAUGAAAUUUCUGGCGGUUGGAUGAAUGGUGGUCCUUCGCUUAGGUUUACCCAGUAGUUUCCACUUAGUUACCAAAUAAAAUCAAAAGUAGAAAACAA